AUGCUGGGACACAACAUUUUGACUCUUGGCGAGUGCGAUGAGCUGGACAAUCAUAUCGUGAUGUGCAGCACCGGGCUUCUUUCUCCGCAGGAAGACUUUAGUAAUGUUAAUGCAGGCCAUCCGAAUAACGAAGAAGCCAUUUGUUCGCUUUGUGACAAGAAAAUAAGAGAUCGGUUCGUUUCAAAGGUCAACGGAAGAUGUUAUCAUUCAUCAUGCCUCCGAUGUUCUACGUGUAAAGACGAGCUUGGUGCGACAUGUUUCCUGCGCGAAGAUUCUAUGUAUUGCCGGGCACACUUUUACAAAAAAUUCGGUACCAAAUGCUCCUCCUGCAAUGAAGGCAUCGUCCCGGACCAUGUUGUUCGAAAAGCAUCGAAUCAUGUCUACCAUGUUGAAUGUUUUCAGUGUUUUAUUUGCAAACGAUCUCUUGAAACCGGAGAAGAGUUUUAUUUGAUUGCCGACGAUGCGCGACUCGUGUGUAAAGACGAUUAUGAGCAGGCUAGAGAUAAACACUGCAAUGAACUAGAAGGCGAUGGUAGUAACAAGAGACCACGGACUACGAUUUCCGCCAAGAGUCUAGAAACCUUGAAGCAGGCAUACCAAACUAGCAGUAAACCAGCUCGACAUGUCAGAGAACAACUCGCUUCAGAAACUGGACUUGACAUGAGAGUUGUUCAGGUUUGGUUUCAAAAUCGUCGAGCCAAAGAGAAACGGUUGAAGAAGGACGCUGGUCGCCGGUGGAAGUCCUCAAAUCGUGCAGAAAGCGACAGCAACUCUCCUAUCGAGAGUAUCAACGGGCAGAGCCCUAAUUACUUAUACCUGGAUCACCCAAUGGACGAUGGGAACGAGAGCAAUUACCUUUUUCACUCCAGAGAGCAGACACCUGAUAAAUACUACCGAAACGAAACCCCAUCUACCGAUCCACCUCCAAUGCACAUGACAACUCCGAGUGUUCUAACAACCAACUUCUCAACCCCAUUAUCUUUAUCGACUAAUGUUUACAACCUUCCUCCUCCUGAAUCUCAGUUAAUCCCACACAUGACUCCACAGUACAUUUGAACUGGAGAAAAACAAAAACUCUAGUUUUCGAUUACAUUUUAAUUUGAUACUUGAUACAACGUUCCGGUUUGGAGUAACGAAUGGUAUAAUAUGUAGAAUAUAGAAAUGGUUUUUGAAUUAAUGUAGCCACAAUUGUGAGGAAUAUCUUACAAAAUCUUUAUUAGUGGUCUUGAAUCUUUGAUGAUGUUUUGAUAUUUGAGCAGAAACUGUUUCCUGGAAUCAUAUAACUUUACAAGUACUCUACCUCACAAAAUAGACGACCCCCUACUCACCAAACAGCCAUGAGACAUGCUUGAAACAUUUUCUCUCUUGCCAAAAACCUUAUCUAUUCCCUGUUUUCGUAUAUCUCUUUAUUUCUCUUUUCGUUUCAUCACAGCUGUUUGCCCAUGCACCGCAGUUUUCAACAUUUCACCACUUUCUGAAUAAAUAGGUCCCUUGCCCGUUUUGCUUCUUCCAAUACCCCCUCGCUCGCUCGUUUCAUACAUCUCAUAGUCAAUAUUCGUGUGAGGCCCCCACUCCUCUCCUUCUAAACACUUGUUACGUAUCCCUCGACACCUUGACCAUUCAUUCUUCAUCAAUGGUGGAUGUGUAACACUUAUUUCGAAAUGUAUGAUUGAUGGUGUUCUUCAUACUUUUCUCUCACCCCACGCCACCCCCCCCCCCCCCCCCUUCCCUCCCAUCAGUGUUUAAUAUCCGAUCAUCGAAUUGCCAAAUCAUUUUGCCAUAUACCUUUUAAUAAAUCAUGACAGGAAUUGUAUAAAUUUGCCACCAAUGAAUGCACAUCUCGAACCAAUAAAACCCAUCAAUCAAUUUGAUAUGGAAUUAUGAAAAUUUAAAAUAAAAUCUC